AUAAUUAUAAUAAUAAACCAAAGCAAGAAAACGCGAAUCUCGCAGAGCAGGAGACGAAGAAAGAGGAAUCGGAAAGCCGUUAGAGCAAAGAAGAAAUGGAGCUCCGGCACCGGCGGUAACAAUUCUUCCAUAGGAGGUGGUAGCUUAAACAAUCAACAACCUCCAAAAACUCCCUUGCAUUUUGUCUACCAUCUCCGAAAAACUUCUAAAAUCCUUUUGAUUUAUUUUCCCUUUUACCUAAACACUCCGUAUUCUUCUUAUUAUUCAUCCAUGCGGCGAGGUAGAGCCACGGAUCCAUUGACGGCCGCAGAAACAGUCCGAGAACCUGUUAAAGAAGUCCGAUUCAGAGGCGUUCGGAAGCGUCCAUGGGGCCGAUACGCCGCCGAGAUUAGAGAUCCUUGGAAGAAAACUCGAGUUUGGCUCGGCACCUUCGAUACGGCGGAGGAUGCUGCCAGAGCAUACGACGAGGCCGCUCUCUCUCUCCGGGGACCGAAGGCGAAAACGAACUUCCCGUUGCAUCCAUCUACUAUCUCUGUUCAUCAGCAAAUUCCAUUCUCGCAGGAGUUUCAUGAUUCCGGUGGAUUUUGCAAGAUUAGUAACAUUCCAGUCAAUAGACCUACAUCGAGUAGUCUGAGCUCCACCGUGGAGUCUUUUAGCGGUCCGCGGGUUUCGAUUCCGGUUCCAUCGGUUCCAAAACUCCGCCGGAAGUCCCUGCCGCAGGUCUCGCCCGACGAUUGCCAUAGCGACUGUGAUUCGUCGUCCUCGGUUGUUGAUGACAGUGAGGAAUAUGCUCACACGUCGUCAAUUCGCAGAGUGCUGCCGUUCGAUCUGAAUCUACCUCCUCCACUGCCACCGCCGCAUGACGUCGAUUUAUCCGGUGAUGAUCUUCAUGCCACUGCUCUGUAUUUUUGACAUCAUUCUGCUUCCCAAUCACAAAUACCAAACGGUUCAUUCUUCUCUUCAUUAUCUAUUUAAUUUUCCUAUCGAUCGAGCAGAACUUAAAUGGUAAUUUUGUCUCUCAACCUGCUUGUUGAGCGAGAAAAAUUUGCUUCUCCACUCCUUAAUUUCUUAGUUCAUGGUGUAGAUUAGCAUAGCACAAGGUCUCUGAAUCUUUGUUUGUCUCUGUGUUGUUAAAGAAAAGGAAAGAAAUCCAUGGAUGUUGCUAGGCGGUUCUACAUCUUGAUCUGAUUAUCUCGUUAACUAAAUGAAAUAACUUAUCUCUUAAAUCUCUUCAAUCCAAUCAUAUUCUGAAAUGCAUUUUCACUUCAACCUGUUCAAUCAAUUCAUAGGAAA